AUGAUGCAGAGCGCGGCCGUGCCCGCGGAGGGGGCUGCCAAGGGGCUCCCGGAGAUGCUUGGUGUGCCGAUGCCACAGAUCCCCCAGUGCGCUGGCUGCAACCAGCACAUCCUGGACAAGUUCAUCCUGAAGGUGCUGGACAGACACUGGCACAGCUCCUGCCUCAAGUGUGCGGACUGCCAGAUGCAGCUGGCGGACAGGUGCUUCUCCAGGGCCGGGAGCGUCUACUGCAAGGAGGACUUCUUCAAGCGCUUCGGCACGAAAUGCACGGCCUGCCAGCAGGGCAUCCCCCCGACCCAGGUGGUCCGCAAGGCUCAGGACUUCGUCUACCACCUGCACUGCUUCGCCUGCGUCAUCUGUAACCGGCAGCUGGCCACGGGGGACGAGUUCUACCUCAUGGAGGACGGGCGGCUGGUGUGCAAGGAAGACUACGAGACGGCCAAGCAGAACGAUGACUCAGAGGCAGGAGCUAAGCGGCCCCGGACCACCAUCACAGCCAAGCAGCUGGAGACCUUGAAGAAUGCCUACAAGAACUCCCCCAAGCCUGCCCGGCACGUGAGGGAGCAGCUGUCCUCAGAGACCGGCCUGGACAUGAGGGUUGUACAGGUUUGGUUUCAGAACAGAAGGGCCAAGGAGAAGCGCCUGAAGAAGGACGCGGGACGGCACCGCUGGGGACAGUUCUAUAAGAGUGUCAAGAGGAGCCGGGGCGGCAGCAAGCAGGAGAAGGAGAGCUCUGCAGAGGACUGUGGGGUUAGUGACAGUGAGCUGAGCUUCCGAGAGGAUCAAAUUCUCUCAGAACUUGGCCACACCAAUAGGAUUUAUGGCAACGUGGGGGACGUUACAGGCGGACAGUUAAUGAAUGGGAGCUUCUCCAUGGACGGGACAGGACAAUCCUAUCAGGACUUGAGGGAUGGGAGUCCCUAUGGAAUCCCUCAGUCUCCAUCCUCCAUAUCGUCCCUGCCGUCCCACGCUCCUCUGCUCAAUGGGCUGGAUUACACGGUGGACAGUAACUUGGGCAUCAUUACGCAUGCAGGGCAGGGAGUGAGCCAGACGUUGAGAGCCAUGGCUGGGGGACCCACCUCUGACAUCUCCACAGGAAGCAGUGUAGGCUAUCCCGACUUUCCAACUAGCCCAGCCUCUUGGCUCGAUGAAAUGGAUCAUCCUCCUUUUUAA